AUAACUUUGCCUGCACAGUUCCCUUAUGAUAGUUAGUAAGUGUUGCAAGUAUGAAAGCAAUAGUUUUGAUACUUAAGGAAUAAAAUGGACAUAAAAUUUCAAUAUUUUAAGUAUAAAAAGGGCACAUAAUUCUGUCAAAAUGCACGCCAGAGUUAACUUUGCCUGCCCAGUCCCCUCAUGAUAGUAAGUAAGUGUACCAAGUUUGAAUGCAAUAGCAUUGAUACUUUCUGAGAAAAAUGGACCUAAACGCAAAACUUAACCGGACGCCGACUCAGACGCCGACGCCAAGUUACCUGCAGGCAAACAAAGAUUUAAUGAAGCAGAUUGACUCCGGAAAGGCUGAUGGCUAUGAAUUACGUAAACUUCUCACAGAAAUGCAGGGAGCCGACUACAUACCAGGAUCGGAAGAAAUUGAGAACUUAAUGAACGCCUGUAGGAAAUUAAACGACUUCAGUCUAGCAGUGCGUGUUUUGGAAGCUGUCAAGUGGAAGUGAGGAACUGAUGCAGCACUAUACAACAAGCUAUUAGCCAGUGUGAAGCCCACCCUAGAUAAACUGGGGAUCUCCACUGUGGACCAGAUUGGUUAUGAAAAGCCGGAGUACUGGUAUCCAGAUGCCGAUGACGUGCACAACUAUGACCCCAAAACUGGAAAGGAACUGUAGAAAUAAUAGCAAACUGGGACAAACUAUUUUAUGGUAUUAAAACAAGGAGGCAAAUUCCAAUGAAUCUUCAUACCUUGACCAUGAACUUGAUGACCAUUUAAUGUUUAGGGACUAUUUAUUAAAACAGUAUAUGUGAAGAGUGAGGACAUUAUGUGUGCUUAGAACUUUGGUGGAUUAAAACAUCUCUGCAUGGUAACUUUUGCAACCAUUAAAUGUCAUUUAUGAAAAUGUUGAAUAUGUUUGAAGACUUUGAAAUAAAAUGUUGAUUGUA